AUGAAGUUUGGUGAACAUUUGAGGAAAGCUCUCAUAAAAAACUAUAGUUUUUACUAUAUCGACUAUGAUGACUUGAAGCAUCAGUUGAAGAAGCGGUUGAAGGACAACGACUUUGAGUGGACAAACGAGUUUGAGGAGGACUUUUUAGCUGCCUUGGAAAAGGAAUUGGACAAGGUGUACUCUUUCACGCUUGUGAAGAACACGGAAAUCAACCGCAGAGUCAAGGAGGCAGAGAAAUACGUUUACGAAGUUGUUGAGGCUGCCAAGACUGACAACAAGCCUUCGGAACAGGAUUUCGAUGAGUUGGAAGAGGAGUUGUCCGACAUCAUUGCCGAUGUCCACGACUUGGCCAAGUUCACUCGUUUGAACUACACUGGCUUUCAAAAAAUCUUGAAGAAACACGACAAGUCCACCAAGUUUUCUUUGAAACCAAUUUUCCAGGUGAGAUUGAACGCCAAACCAUUCUACAAGGACAACUACGAUAACUUGAUUGUCAAGUUGUCCAAGUUGUACGAUUUGGUGAGAACUAGAGGUAACCCAGUCAAGGGUGACUCUUCUGCCGGUGGUGCUCAACAAAACUUUGUCAGACAAACCACAAAGUACUGGGUUCACCCAGACAACAUCACCGAAUUGAAGUUGAUUAUCUUGAAGCAUUUGCCCGUUUUGGUCUUCAAUGCAGACAAAGAGCUCGAACCGGAGGACUCGGCCAUCACUUCCAUUUACUUUGACAACAAGGAUUUGGACUUGUACUAUGGCAGAUUAAGAAAAGAUGAAGGUGCCGAAGCCAUCAGAUUGAGAUGGUACGGUGGCAUGAAAUCGGAUCAAAUUUUCGUGGAGAGAAAAACGCACAGAGAAGACUGGACUGGAGAGAAGUCCGUCAAGGCCAGAUUUGCUUUGAAGGAAAAGAAAGUCAACAGUUUUUUGAGUGGUGAAUUUACUGCUCACCAGGCCUUUGAGAAAAUGAGAAAGGAAGGUAAAAAAUCUCCACAGGAGAUCGACAAUUUGGAAAGCUUGGCCAAGGAAGUGCAAUACAGCGUUCUCAAGCAAAAAUACAGACCUGUGAUGAGAUCUUUUUACAAUAGAACUGCUUUCCAGUUGCCUGGCGAUGCAAGAGUGCGUAUUUCUUUGGACACGGAAUUGACAAUGGUCAGAGAAGACAACUUUGAUGGCUACGACAGAACUCACGGCAACUGGAGAAGAACCGACAUUGGUGUGGACUACCCAUUCCCUCAAUUACCAGAAAAGGAUGUUUGCAGAUUCCCAUAUGCCGUUUUGGAAGUCAAGUUGCAGACUCAAUUGGGCCAGGAACCUCCAAUUUGGAUUAGAGAUUUGGUGGCUAGUCAUCUUGUUGAAGCUGUUCCUAAAUACUCUAAGUUUAUUCAUGGAUGUGCUUCGUUGUUGACCGACAGAGUCAACUUGUUACCUUUCUGGUACCCUCAAAUGGAUGUUGAUAUUAGAAAGCCAAAGAACGAGCAGGACUAUGGUAUUUCGAGACAAAGCAAGGCUAAAUUUUCAUCCUCUGGCGGAGAGUUGGACGAAGAAGAAAUGAUUUCUGACGAAUUCAACAGAUACUCUAAUGUACACUUCUCCAACGAUAUCAACCCAUUGGAGGAAGACUUGGAUGAGAAUUCGCCCUUGUUGUUGCCAUCGAACUAUAGCACAAGAACUUCAAACUCGCACCUCUCGACGUUCUUCUUGCAUUUGUACGGUAAGUUCUUGCACUUUUUCAAUGACGACCGGACCUUCACCAUCAAGCCAGGAACCAACUUUGACUUGAACUCCACUUUCGCUUCCAAGCUUCCCAAAAACAAAAAGAUUUGUAUUCCUGUGAGAAUCGAACCAAAAGUGUAUUUCGCAGCUGAAAGAACCUUCUUGAGUUGGUUAUCCAUUGGUAUGAUUCUCGGCGCUACUGCAUCUGCCUUGCUUAACUACGGUAGCAAAUCUGCAGUUAUUGCGUCUAUUGGCUUUUUCAUCUCUGCAUUAUUCACCAUGACUUACUCCAUCUACAAGUAUGUUCGCAGAACCCUUGCUAUCAGAGAGAAAAAAACCAGCCAAUAUGCCGACAGCUUCGGUCCAAACAUGAUUUGUGCUUGCAUUUUUGCAUCAACUUUCACCACUUUCAUCUUCAAGUAUUUGGAGCACUGA